AUGACCCUCGAAAAAACUCUAGCGCUCAAGUGGAACCGUAGUAUUCAAUCCGAAACUCAAUGCAUGUUAGCAUCCAUUUCAACACCUAAUCAGUUAGGUAUUUUAGCUCAAUGUUUUCUCGCCAACCAAGACGUUGAGUAUGAAGACUUGCAAGGGCAGCGCGAUGAACUGCAGGCCAUUGUCAACCGGUUCCAGCAAUGCCAGGAUAUACACGAGCUGGCGUUACAACGCGUCCGGGACUUGCAACAGCAACUGGAGGAGUCGGAAUCAAAACAUAUUUGCAAGUAUUGCUCCGGCAACCCCGUGCCCGCUGACAAUAAUAUGAAACCGGGCAGCGGCUACAACCUGAGCUUCGAGUCACCACGGCCACCGACGCGCCCCGCCGCGCCGAGUUCGCCCGCGCUGCGUGCCGUCCUAGCCGCGCCGGGAUCGCCCGCGCUGCGAGCGCUGUUCGCGUCGCGCCCGAGCCCCGCGCUCGAGCCCAGCAGAGACCUUCACCCCGUCUCGAGCUUCGGGGAUCCUGCGCCAGUACCGGCUCAACCGCCAUCGUCACCGCCGGGCGUCGUCGAGCGGGUUCCAUCGCGACCGUCCAUCGCCGGGCCGGCUCCAUCGCCGCCGGCCCUCGUCUCGCCGGCCUCGUCGCCGCCCAGCCUAGCUACGCUGGCUCUGGCGCUGCUGACCUAUGUCUCGCCCGCUCCGGCGCCGCCACCCCUCCCCUCGCCGCCCCCGCCCCGCCUCGCGCCGCCAUCCUCCCCGCCGCCCCCGGCCGCCGCCGCGGCGUGCUCCCCGCCGCCGCCGCGCGCCGCCCGCGCCCGCGCCGUGCUGUACAGCGACGAGGCGGGCGCCGGGCUGGGCGCGCUGCUGGCGGAGCGCCUCCACCGGCGCGUCAUCAACCACUGUCACCCGGGGGCCACCGUCGCUCGUUUGGUCGAGUGCAUCUCUGCAGCUCAUCCUCCCUACCCUGAGUUAGCUUGGAAACCUUCACAAGGCCCCUCAGGCUGA